CCCCAAAGUUUCCCGCCAAAAUCCUCAGUCUUCCCCCUUUUGCUAUCCUCUUUUUCCAUCGCUAACUAGGGUUUAGUGAUUAGGGCAUCAACAAAAGCUAAAGCGGACUUCGAAAUGGACAUUCCAGCUGCCGACGAGCUCGAAUGGCUCGAAAGCAACUCUCUUCUUCCCGAAUUCGAAGACGAUGAAGAGGAUUACAUCGUCGUUGAAGAAGACGAAAGAAUCGCUGGAUUAAGAGAGGCUGAUCGCGAUCGAGAUGCGGCCUCUGAGAACGAGAUCCACAAGAAGCGCGGGCGAUCGGAGGACAAAGAUGACGAUGGAGUCGACGAUGAGGAGAGAGGGGUCAAGAGAAGAGAGAUCGAUGAGGGAGAAGACGAAGACUGGCUUCGAUACUCUCCUCCGCCGAAGGAAGCGGCCCCGGCGGCUGAUGAAACGACAACUGGAUCUGAUGAGGAGAAGAUCAUAUCGAGGUUUGUUUCUGAUAUCGAGGGGGAGUGCGUGCCGAUUACAGCCCCAAACGGUGAUAGAGUCUAUGCUAAGAUCAGCUCGCGCGAGGUGGAUGAAGCCCAGAGGAGGAAGAUUCCCAGAGACAAAUCUGCAAAUGGUCUUCUUCAGGAACCUAUUCAUGCCUUGAUCAAUGGAGUGGAACAAGAGGUCUUGAACAAGGCUUUGCAAGAAAGUUCUGGGUCACCAGGUCAGACGAAACAUACAGCAAUUCCUGUAGUGACAGAGCAGCUUUGGGUAGAUAAAUAUGCUCCAAAUUCUUUUACAGAGCUUCUUAGUGAUGAACAGACAAAUCGGGAGGUACUUUUAUGGUUGAAACAGUGGGAUCCUUGUGUAUUUGGAUCUAAAAUCAGGGCUACCACAGAUGAUGUUUUUUCGGCUUUAAGGCGCCAUUCUUCUGCUCAUCAUCAAAUGCUUGCUGAUAAUAAAUUCUUCAGCAAGCAGCAUGCAACUUCAUCUAUCAAUCAAAGACAUAAGCAUUCGAAUUUUACAGAAAGAGAAUACAACAACUUAAGUGGUGUUUCUGAAUUACGGAGCAAAACACAAACACUCAGUUGUCACCCAGAGCAGAAGGUACUUUUACUGUGUGGUCCACCAGGUCUUGGGAAGACAACACUCGCACACGUAGCCGCCAAGCAUUGUGGAUACUGUGUUGUUGAGAUAAAUGCAAGUGAUGAGCGCUCAUCUUCAACAAUUGAGUCGAAGAUCCUAGAUGUGGUGCAGAUGAACUCCGUCAUGGCUAAUUCCAAGCCCAAAUGCUUGGUGAUUGAUGAAAUAGAUGGUGCACUUAGUGAAGGGAAGGGUGCUGUGGAAGUGGUGCUGAAAAUGGUGGCAGCUGAAAGAAAAUCCUCUUCUGAAAAGGAAGAUUUUCCCCUGGAAACUCAACCAGGAAAGGUUCCCUUGAAAAAGGGUAAACAACGAAAUACUGCCACAUUGUUGCGGCCUAUAAUUUGCAUAUGCAACGACCUUUAUGCACCAGCUUUGAGGUCAUUGCGUCAAGUAGCCAAGGUACAUAUUUUCGUGCAGCCGACAACUAGUCGGGUUGUGAACAGGCUUAAAUAUAUCUGCAAAAAAGAAGGAUUCAAGACGAGCUCCGUUGCACUUUCUGCAUUAGCUGAAUUUACUGAAUGUGACAUUCGCUCAUGCUUAAACACCCUUCAGUUUCUAAAUAAGAAGAAAGAAACCCUGAAUUUUUUGGAGCUAGAUUCUCAAGUAGUUGGCCAGAAGGACAUGUCAAGGAGUGCAUUUGAUGUAUGGAAGGAGAUCUUCCAAAAGAGAAAAUCAAAGAGACGGAGGAAUUCCAUGAGUGACUCAAGUGGUCGUGGGGAUUUUGAAUUCCUAUACUCCAUUAUCUCUAAUCGUGGUGAAUAUGAAUUGACGAUGGAUGGAAUUCAUGAAAAUUUCUUACGCCUCUCUUAUCACGAUCCAAUGAUGCAAAAAACAGUUAGGUGCCUUGAUACAAUUGGCGUUUCUGAUACUCUACUUAAGUAUAUCAUACGAACUCAACAGAUGUCUUUCUAUGCCUAUCAACCUCCUGCCGUGAUAAGUAUUAGAAACCUGAUAGCACAAUUUGAGAAGCCAAAUAUUGAAUGGCCAAAGUCCCUGCAAAAAUGCCGGGCAAUGCUUCUGGAAAGGAAAGAUGCAAUGAGAAUUUGGCACAACAAAAUCUCACCAUCUAUUUCAAGGCAUCUAUCAGUUGAAUAUUUGGUAGAGGAUCUUAUUUCACGACUCCUACAUAUUCUAUCUCCUCCAACUUUGAGACCGGUAGCAUUGCAUUUGUUGACAGAAAGAGAAAAGAAUGAUCUGUCUCAACUUGUGGAUACUAUGGUUUCAUAUUGUAUAACAUAUAAAGUCUCUAAACCCAAAACUUACCAAAGGAUUUAUGCAUAUGGACCAGUUUCUGAUGCUCCAGAGCUUUCCUUUGAUCCCACGAUCAACGAAUUUGUUAGAUUUCAGGAUUAUCACUCUGAUCAUUUUGAGCUCUCUGUAGCCAUGAAACAGGUGUUGGUGCAUGAGGUUGAGAAAAGAAGGAUUCUGCGUGAGAGCAUUGGAAAAUCCAUAAACCCCUCUGAGGGGAGCAACUCCGCAGUUCAGGCUUUCCCAAGUGCAGAGAAGAAGCUAACAGUGGACACGACUAAAUAUUCAGCUGCUGGAGACAGAAGCCAACUCAAAGUGGCACUUAAUCCGGGGCAGAAUACUGCCAACAUACCCUUGAACUCAUCUUCAAAAACCAUCAAGAGCGUCCAAGAAAAUGGCACGUCCAAGAGGCCUAUUCGCACCUCUUCUAGUUUCUUUGAUAGAUUCAGAAAAGGAAGCAACAAGGGCUCAGGAAAUCCAGGAGAAAGUUUACAGAAGGCAGCAACAGAAGAAAGGGAUUCACGCCCUUUGCUCUUCAAAUAUAAUGAGGGUUUCACAAAUGCAGUGAAGAGACCAGUAAAAAUCCGGGAAUUACUGCUAUAAGGCAAGCUUUUGUACUUUAUUUUCAUCACUAUUAGAAGUAGAGGAAUUGUGAGGGUCAUAUUUAUAUAUUGUUAUUUUUAAAAAGAAAUUAUCUAUAUAUAGAUUUUUUUUGUUUUGUAUAAAUGAGGGCCUUCUCCUGAUCAAAGAAGGGGAAAAAGUUGUACAGAUGGAAGCCGUAAAUUAUUCUCGUCCUUAACUCUCUUUUGUUUAACCCUGCUUUAACUUAAUUAUCAGAUUCCACAUGUUUAUUUACAGACAAGUUGUGCUGAAAGAUGACAAUUUUAGAGA